AUGGAAUUGUCGCAUUUGUGCUUUGGGGAUGUUUGUGACUUCAUCAAAACCGCAGAUGAAUCGUUGAGAAACCACGACGAGGUACAGCUUGUGGUAUCACAAUUCCUCAAGAAUUACCGUCAGCUGCUGCUGAAACCAGGUACUCUCAACGAACCUGGGAGUGAAAUCGCAAGCAAAACGGCACCACUCACGAUUGGGACAAUCAAAUAUAAAGUGACUGCCGAGAUAUGGAAAGAUGCCGCUCAAUUGUCUCGGUUUCUUGGAAUAAGCCAUGAGCAUAGUUUGAGAGUAACAAGUCAGACGCAUUCGAGAGGAUUCUCAGACUCAGAUCAUAAUCUGUUGUACGGACGGCGAAUAUUACAGGAGCGACUAGCAGUGGUGGAGACAUUGCUUGUGUUACUCAAUAACGACGUGAAAAAUCUGGACAUCAAGGAUGAUCUCAUCAAAGAACUUGGCGCUGAAAAAUCGACCUUUUGCUUGCACUUGAUAGGCACGUUGUCAAAAGCGGCAGGAUCUUUCACGGUUUUGAACAAAAGUGAUCGUCUAUGGUCACAAGACCUCCAAGAUAUCAAGAACUGGCAGGAUCUAGAAUACAUUUUGAGCAUUUUAAAACUUCUCCCACUCCUCAUAAUAAACUCUGAUACGCCAGUGGGUAUUGUCACCGAGUGGUUCUCGCUUUUAAGAGAAACCAAUUAUUUUCAAUGUCUCUUGAAGCACGGUACGUCAGAAGAGGUCUAUCAGCAAGUUGAAGCUCUGGCUACCUGUAUCACCAUUUUGAUGUUGGGUUUAGAGAUAUCCACUCUCUCCAUCAACACAGAUGCACCUUUUUUCGUUGACGCGGGAUGCUUCAAGCAUGUAAACACAAUCAUUUCAGAGCAUCCCGAUAGUCCAUUGAUAGUUUAUUACUGGUCUUUCAUUCUUUCCUUGAAAGCUUACCUUUUAGAGGAAGAACCCGAAUGGAAUGCAAAAUUCAUAAACGAUGUGUUCGGAGCUACAUCUAUAAACCAAUUAACCUCCCAACUAGUGAAAUGCGCAGAAAAUUCAGGUGUUUUGGAAAAAUUUGUGGCCUGUUCGCGCGCUUUGAUAAACGACAAGCUAUGGUUCGCAGUAUUAUCAUCAUUCCUGGCAGUGUCUUUGAACUUUAUUUCGUUAACAAAAGACGCCGCAAAGGCAAUCAGAGACGUUUUACAAGAAGGUGCCUCUGAAGAGUUCACCGAACGGUUUCUCACUAAUGCCGAGGCUGAAAAAAAGACAAGCCUGCUCAGAAGUAAAGUGCCACUUGUGAAUGAGGGACUCCUGCCGUUGAUCUAUCUCACUAGUGUUCACCCAGAAUUUGCGACUUUCGAAUGGAAGGAAAUGAACACUUACACUGAAAAGUUACUUCUCUCGAGCAUUUCAUAUGAUUUGGCAGAAAACCAGGGCUCGUUUGCCGAAACUAGCGACUUCAUUGUAUUGAAGCAAGAACUACUAGUCAGACCACCAUUUGAAUCUAACGAAAAUGUGCUGAUGCCAAUUCCAAACGGCACUCGUGGUAAAAUUAUUCCAAUGUCGUCAAGUUCGAAAGAUGCAGUUGUAUUUAUACACAACUACAAUGGCUGGUCUAUGCUGGGUAGAAUUGUGCAAAGCAUUUGUGAGACUUACACUCAAUCCGAUGAUGAUCAAGAGAGAAACGAAAAAUCGGAAUUUGUGGUGGCUAUUAUAAACCUCAUCUCAAGUUCUGUGGGAAUUACAUCACCGAUUGAAAGAUCUACAGAAGUUUUACAGCAUCUCUCUGGCUAUGUAGAAAAUGGAGACAUCAUAUCCAUUCUCUUCAAACUCUUUGAAUUGGCUUUACAUUCGAGGGACCUGAGCAUUGUCAAUGCUGGGAUUGGGCUCAUGAUAGAUCUCCUUCCAAAUUUCCCGCAUUUCGUCUGGUCACAUCUAGCUCGAUCUAGUUUGAUCGGUCGUGGUGAGAAGGAAAGUUUGGCUAUAGCAGUUUUGGCAAACGCUGGACGUACGCCUGCAAAUUUCGAGUCUAUCUUUUUGCUCGUAAAGUUAACGGAUUGUCUUGUUGCAGAGGCGUUGAAUGUCGAAGAAACAUUUUCUGGUCGCAUAAAAAGCGAGAUUCUCGAGAAGUUAAUGUCGCAUAUGAUCCGCAUAUAUGAGAGCUACCAAUUUCAGAAUUACUCGCUGCCCUCGCAGCGGCUAGAGAUUGGUCUGCUCCUGACAUCUGUCAUAAUCAAAGUACUUUAUGCCGUGUAUGGUGUUGACCCGGAUGCUCCACCGGAAAAAAAGGUUACGGCUGUUUUGGCUGCUUCCGCGAAUGUUGCUGUGACUUCUUUUCUGAGCUCCACAAAUUGUGAGAGCCGAGCUGUAACUUCCCUUAUUAUGCUUCUGACGUCUGUAAACAGAUGUGAUUCAGCUCGCAACAAUAUAAACCUGAAAACUUCACACACAGAACUAGUCGCGCAAUCUUUUAACCUCGUGAAUCUCCUCAUAUCCAUCAGGUCUCUUCUGAAGCUACCGCCAUCGACAUUGGAGGUCAGCUUUUUUUCAAAAUCCGCAGAUUUGGCUAGGAUAUAUUUUGAUCGUUUGACUUGGCGCACACACGUCAUCAAGCUCUUUACUCAUAUGGUGCGAGCACCAUGGAGUCUUGAUCCACCAUCAUUACUGGCCCAUUUAGGAGAAAAUCAAUCAAGGGAGUUGUUGAAAUGCAUAGCUUAUGAUUUGAGUGGGCCUUUAACGAAUGUGGACUUGACACAGAGCCUUUACAGCUUUUUUUCUGCGAUUAUGGAAGGCAAACAGGAUGGUUUAGCCGUACUCUUUUUGACAGGAAACUUAGUUACUGCAAGCGAAGAACGUUCCGGUAAUAAAAGGGAUGCGGAACCGUUGGAAUCUUUGCUCUCAAUUUUGAAACACAACGCCUUAAGACUGAACACUUUGCCAGAGUCGGUUAGUGUUCAUUUGUUAGACGCCAUUGCCUACGCUUUGAACACUUGGACGGCAGCUAGGGGCUACGAUAAUGAUGCUAAAUUUCUAUCAAUACUUGUUGAGCGCCUUACAGCGUUCGAACCACAGAUGAUCAAUGGUGGCACCACAACGGCUCAGUUGAUCGAUCUUUCUAAGCAGUACAAAGUCAUAUCUCGAAUAACCGAGAUACUUGCGCUAUCCCUGUUCACAACAUCAACAGAUGCCGAUGUUUUACUGCAAGCAUUGAGUCGUCCAGACCUGGCGUCCUCGGUCAAGAAAAUCUUUCAGGUUGAUGGAUACGAUGCCAGAUUACAAGAAAGUUUAGGUGUCCAGUUCAAGACACUAUGGCCCGGUGUCGAUUUGGCCAUGUUUAUCACCUCUCCAUUGUUACGCUCCAGCAAGUCCUUUUACACUAGCAUUUUCGACAUCCCGCUGAUGGAUUUGUACUUUUCACAAGAUGAAAAGUGGACAGGAAGUGAAAACUCUCAAGGAUUUAGAGAGAAUAUAGUCGCAGCAUCGAUCAACCUUCAACUUGUCACCAAUCAAGUUUCUGCUGCUAAGUCCUGGGGUGCCUUGCUGACAUCGUUCAUCAAGAAGACGCCAGUUCCUCUCAAUGAUACCUAUCUAGACAUUGCGUCAAACCUACUGGAAUUGGACCCUCUUGUUGGUGCCGAUGCCGCUGUGUUCACAGAUCUCUUUGUGGCUCGUGUUGAGCUGUCCUUUUACAUCCUUUAUUCCUUUCAUGAGACAAAAAAGCGCAUAGCUGACCAGAAGUUGCAAUCUUUGCUUUUGAGCACCAUGUGCAUGCUCAAAUCCAAAAAGGUCAAUUUUUUGGAGAAUGUGUCGCAGUCAUCUAGGCACUACUACUACAGACCACUAAUACGGAUAGUGUUGAUAAUUUUGUCACUGGUGAACGAUGGAAAACUUUUUGCUGAGUCUCUACUAGACCAUCUCAUCGAACUCGCCGAAUUGACCUUCGGGAAAGGAGUUAAUUUGGUACUUGGGAACCUACUUUCAGAGAUUAGCGCCUCCGUAUCACACGGGAAGAGGCCAAUUGUUAUAAAUUUGGCCGAGAAGAUUCAGGAUCUGCUUCUCAUUCUAUCAUUCUUCACUAAGGUAAAAGCACUCAAGCCUCCAGAUGACUUUUUGAUGCUACUUGCGUCUUCUCUGAACGAGUCUGGUACCGUAAAAACCAUUCUCAAUGUUUACUCGAGCUCACACUUACUGAACUUCGAAGAAGAACCUGUUUUGUGUGACUUGUCUUUGACAUUCCUGACAGAGAUGUGCACUGUGGAGCCUGUUGCAGAGAAAUUGAUUGCAAAUGGUUUAUUUUCUGUCAUCCUUGAAAGUCCGGUGUCGACUUUUAUUCAACAGGGAAGCGUCAGCCCUGAAUUAAACCCAAGAUUACACACCUUGUGGUCGGACGGCCUGCUGACGAUAGUGCUGCAAAUUUUGAGCAAAUUUGGUAAAGGGGUUUUGCCCGAAUGCUGUCUAUUUGUAUCCUAUUUCAAACAACAAAUUGAGACUGCAAUUUCGCAAUGGUCAGACCCAUCCUUAUCGGUCUCAUUGGCUCUGAUCAAAGAGACUUCGCAACUUGUUAUGUUGCAAGGCAUUCUUGCUGCGCUCGACUACCAGGAAUAUUUGACCGACUCAAACAUUAAGACGAAAGUUGUCGGUGACAAUGUUGUGUACGAGCUGUUUAGCGGUUUGGACACUAUCGCGGAGCGAAGAGAGCUGAGCUACUCUCUCAAGCAUCUUCUAACGCAUCCCAAAUUCUUGAACUCCCGCAUUGUUCCAACCACAUUAGAAGAACAGCGGGUUCUGGAACAAGAAAUUUCGAGAGGUGAAUUUGUCAAAAGGAUCACUCAAGGUAUAAAAAGCUUGAAUAAUAGUUUAUUCUCGACAGUUGCAUAA